UCUCUAUUAAAUCAACAAAGCUACAAUCCCCACAAGCUAACUGGUGUAGAUGUACUUCACCAACGUGGCAUCACUGGUCAGAAUAUCACCAUCGCCAUCAUCGACACUGGUAUCAACUACAACUUGCCUUCUCUUGGUGGUGGGAUCGGCCCAGGCUUCAAAGUGGAAUUUGGUCGUAACUACGUUGAAGGCGCUCUUGAUCCAAAUGACCCAAUCGAUUGUGAAGGCCAUGGAACAUUUAUAUCCAGUGUCAUUGCUGGCCAAACAAAAGACUUUGUCGGUGUAGCUCCCAAUGCAAAACUAAGAGUCUACAAAGUAUCCGAUUGCAAUAAUCAAGCUUCAACUCAAACUAUCAUCAAAGCUCUCACUGAUGCAGCUAAUGAUAAUCCUGACAUAAUCUCUUUAUCUUUGGGUUCUUAUGAUGGCUUUUCUGAUAGUCCAAUCUCUUUAUUAGCAUCAAAUAUAGCUCAAUCUAUUCCCAUCGUCUUAUCUGCCGGUAAUUCCGGUGAUCUAGGUAAUUUCUAUUCCACUGCUUUCGCUUCAAAUAAGGAUAUUAUCUCUGUUGGCUCAACUAAUCCAAUUCAAUACAUAUCAUGGCCUGCUAAAUUAAUCUCCUCAAAUAAUCAAGUCUUGGAUUUUAACUAUUUCUCCAAAAAUGAUACCCAACUAAAUUUAUCUGGUACCUUCCCAAUUUAUUAUUCUUCCCAAAAUAUUUGUAAUUUAAAUCUUAAUCAAUUUUCUUUUCAAAAUUCCUUUAUUUUUUCAAAUUUAAAUGAUCUCUCUCUUGAUCCCAACAACAUUAAUUGCAAUCUAAACAACUUGCAAGAUAAAUUCAUUUUCUUAUCCUCUCAAAACCCUCAAUAUUAUAAUUUCUCUCAAAACCCUUUUUCUCUACCUUCCUCCUCCAAUGUUAUAACUUUUCAUGACUCAGUCAAUUCUUGGAUUCAAAAACAAUUGUCUCUAGGCAAUUCAAUCUCUCUAAAAUUAUCUUCUUCUGAUAAAAUGACUCCCUUCCCUCUACAAUCUCUCGGUGCUGGUAAAAUGAGUUCUUUCUCCUCCUGGGGUCCGACUUUUCAAAAUGAUUUUUAUCCAAUUAUUUCAGCUCCUGGUGCUGACAUAUUUGGUCAAAACCUUUAUAAUUUAGAAUCAAGAAAUGGAACUUCUUUAUCUGCCCCAUACAUCACUGGUGUCAUUGCUCUUUAUAAAUCACUAUAUCCAAAUUCAUCGCCACAAACAAUCAGAAAUAAAUUGAUAUCAACUGCCUCAACUUUAUCUCUUUUUAAUGAAUUUGGUAAAUCUGAUUCAAAUUUAAAUGCUCCUUUAAAUCAACAAGGUUCAGGCUUAGUUAAUGCCAUUAAUUUUGUAGAUUAUUCUACAAGUAUUUUAUCUGACCCCCUAUUAGUGCUUAAUGAUACAGAUCAUAGAAUCUCAAAUCAUAUCAUUACAAUUUACAAUGGUGGUUGUGAAGAUGUUACCUAUCUUGUUUCUCAUGAAAGCGCUGCAACUGUUAAAGCAAGAGAUGAAAAUUGGAUUCCAUCAUCUUAUUUUCCUGACUACGAUUACUCACAGGCAAUAAUUAACUAUUCAAAAACUUGCUUUACUUUAAAACCGGGCGAAUUAACUGACAUUACUGUCGAUAUAUCUCCUCCAAUAACUUAUUCAUUUUCCGAUGGCUAUUUAUUUUCCGGAAAAAUCGUCAUUACAGGCUCCAAUGAUGAAAUCUUAAAAAUUCCUUAUAUGGGCGUUGAACUUUCAACCAAUGAUUGGUCUGGCCUAGAAGCUUAUUGUAUUGCAGAUAAUAAUGGCACUUUAAUUGAUUUAUCUGAAAAUGACCGUAUCUUUGACAUCCAAAAUCGUGACACUUUUUCAAUAUACUAUAGAAUUCUCUAUGGAUCUCCAAAAUUUGCUUUCGAUUUAGUUUCAAAUGAUUACACUUUACAAGAUUUCACAUAUCCUCCAAGUGAUAACCCCAAAUGGAUAUCAUCUUUAGAACUUUUUGAUGGCUUAAGUAACUAUUCCAUUUUUUCACAGUCAAGUCCUUCUAGAUUUAAUGAUUUUGUUUACGGUGAUGUUUCAGGUUUAAAUAAUAUUCCAAAUUUCCCAGCUGGUAAAUAUCAAAUUUUGCUAAGAUCUUUAAAGGCUUUUGGUAACCAAGACAAUAUCAAUGACUGGGAUCUAUUCUUA